AUGGGAAGGGUAUUAGUUGAACCAUAUCCAGUUCUUACUAUUGCAGAAGAAGAAAUUCGAAAUGCAAAAAUGAAUAAAACACAACUAGCAGCUAUGCCUCUUCCUUCUCACAUGGAAUCGGCUCUACAAAAACAUCGAAGAAAAAACGUACCACCGCUACCAUUGUCACUUGAUUUUCAAAUUCCUUUGCUUUAUCAACGUACUUGGUCUGGGGAACAAUUUGUUUUAGGUGAUGUACAGAGAAAAAGGGUUGGUGGUCGCUUGAUUAUGUUUAGUUCCAACGAACAAAUUGAUUUAUUAUUGAAUAGUACGACUUGGUUUUGUGAUGGUACAUUUAAAACUCGACCGCUAUUAUUUGAACAAGUUUAUAUAAUACAAUGUCUUGUUGGAGAACAAGUUUUACCAGCAGUAUAUGCUUUGACAUCCAAUCGUAAACGUAAAACAUAUGAAGAAAUGAUUGGUAUUAUUUUGAAUUUAGCAGCUAAUCGACAGAAAGUUUUGUCUGUGCAAAGAAUCAUCUCGGAUUAUGAAGAGGCUUGGCUACUUGCUGUCGAAAAAAUGUUACCAACUGUAUCCCAACUUGGGUGUUGGUUUCAUUUCACCCAAGCAUGUUAUCGCAACAUUCAAAAGCUCGGUCUCUCCAGUUUAUAUGAUGACGAUUCAGAUAUACGACUGAUGCUUAGAAAGUUUCUAGCAUUGGCCUUACUUCCUCAAGAUCAAAUUAAAACUUGUUUUAAACAGCUAUGUAAAAAUAUUGAUCCUCGUUUACAAUCCUUCAUUGAAUAUUUUAAACAACAAUGGAUGAUUGAUAUGGGACCACAUCUUUGGUGUGUGGCUGAUUCACCAAUCAGAACAAAUAACAGUUCUGAGGGAAAUAAAUGUGGUUCUACAGCCACACGAGCAAAGCGAGCUAAACAAGCAGUAAAAAAAACAUAUCAAAUUAUAAAACUACAUCGUUUAUUUAUUGAAAAUAAGAAAACAUUAGAACAACUGAUUCUUGGAUUAUCAUUUCUAGUCGGUGAACCAGUUGGAAAAAAUGGCUUGGUAUCUAAAUGUUUGGAUAGUGUUCCACAAUAUCGUCAAGCGUAUCCAGCACCCAGAGCUGAUGUAUCUCAAUCACUUGAACAAAUGAUCGCAAGAGGAUUUCCGCCAAAUCAAAAUAUCUUAUGGCAUAAAAAAACUCACGGACAAAAGCGAUAUUAUUGGAUAAGAAAACCAAAUGGCGAUGAGGAAGUACGUGUUAAAGUCGGUGGUGGUGUGUUCGGAAAAGCUGAUCGUGACUUAAGAAUAUUAACAUCAAUAAAUGAAUGUCAAAAGAUUGUCCGACAAUUUUUAGUUCGUUGGGAUAAAAAUGGUUCUUUACCAGGAUGGAAAGCAAUGUGGUCAAUAUUUGAUGUUGCAAAUUACGAUGUUAGUGAGAGACGAAUAAAAGUUAUCCAUAAAAUUAUUCAAGACUGUGUUACUCGAGAACCAGUUUCUGGCGAUAAUAUCGAAGGUUCUGAUAAUGAAUCAAUAAGUGAUCGAUUACCAAUUGAAAGUCAUUCUGAUAUUCAUAAUCAAGAUAAUGGAAGUAUUUUACAAAGUAGUCAAACUGACGACAGCUGUAGUGUUCAACAACCAUCACUUUCUAAUCAAGUGCAUCGUGAUCAAACAGGAAUUAAAUCACCACCAGGUCUUCGUCAAUUUCCAUCGUCAAUUAUCGUUAGCUUAACAACAAAUCAAGCGAAAGAAGCGGAUAAUAUAACUCUUACAAAUCGUACAUUACCACAGCAUACAACGAUGGUGAUGGCUGCUAUACCAGCAAUGACACCAGUUGAUAUACUUUCACCACCACAAUACGAACAAUCGGACACAAACAAUUCUAUUGGUUCAGAUGACUCAGAUAAAGAAAAUGAUGUUGGUCAUCAAGCGUUAGUCGUUGGUCAAGCACAACAGACACCUCCAAAUUCAUUAACGACUUCUCAACCAUCUUCUUCAACAGCUGAUUAUGAAACCCAAUCAUCAGCACAAAUUCCAACGCCUGCUGCUAUCAAGAAAAAAAGACAACGUCGUGUGUAUGCUCCAAGAGCAACACCAUAUGCAACAAGACAAAGAGGACCAUUAACAUUUAAAGAAACAAAAUAA